CGCAGAUAGAGCGGCCACAUCCAUGUCCCGAAUCACGACGCUUCCAGGGUUGAAACUUCACACCAAACAUCACCAAUUACCCGACGGAUCAGCCUCCAAGAACCCCUUUUGAUCGGCUCCGGCCUUCGCCGGUCACGAAAUUCAUCAACUAGGAAACUGGGUAUCGUUUACCGUGAGAGCGAGGGCCUACUCUGCUCUACUAGUGGUAGCAGCAGCAUGCUUAGCGUGCCCAGAACGCCAAAUUUCUCCGGCGCAGUGUCGACUCCUCGCCACGAUUCCUCAGGACCUCCUGCAGCUGCUAUGCUCUUGGGUCCUUAAGAAGCAGAUCCCCCCCACCCCCCUUCCCCACGAGCUCUGCGAAACCUGGGAUCCCGUUCAUCGCAUGAUUCUGGAAGGAUAAAAAUGACGACACUCUCGACAAUAACCGCGUUGGCGACGGCGGCAGCGACAGCAACGAUAUCAACAUCUGAUGCCGCCAAAAAGGCUGCGUUGGAAGCGGCCCUGGCCGCAGGACACAAGGCUGCGAUCGACCUCCGGAUCGAAGCCUGGAUAUUGCUCGCUGUGGCGUGGGUCUUCAUCAUCUUCAGGACCAUUGGGCGUUUCAUCUCCGUGCCGAUAUCAAAGUUCGAGAUCGACGAUUAUCUGAUGUUAUUUGCGGGACUUGUAUAUACGACGGAAACAACACAGAUCCAUUUCAUUGCGGGAUUGGGCGGAUCCAACAACAUGCCCCCCGAGAUACGAGCCAGCAGGAAUCCCGAGCAGAUCGCGGACCACGUCACUGCUUCGAAGCUGUUCAUCUCCGGAUGGGUGGAGUACGGUUUAACCGUGUGGUUGAUGAAGACCUGCAUGUGCUUCUUCUUCAAGCGCCUGUUUCAAGGCUUGACGGACGCGCAAAGGAAAGUCCGCAUCGCCCUCUGGAUGGUGUGCAUCACGUAUGUGAUCGUUUUCAUCACCACCAUGUGCGAGUGCGUUCCUUUCCAUAAGAACUGGCAGGUCGUUCCGGAUCCAGGGUCGAGUUGUACCCAAGGACUUGCCAAGCAUAUCGUCAUCUUGAUCCUCAACGUUGCGACGGACGUCUACCUCAUCAGCAUCCCGCUUCCAAUCUUCAUCCAAUCCACCAUGCCUUUCCACAGGAAAGUCAUCAUCACGCUCCUUUUCGGAGCCGGAAUCUUCGUGACGGUCGCCGCCAUCCUCAGAUCCGCGUUCGUCUUCCAGGAUUUGUAUUCCAGCACCCUCAUGGCCCAAUGGGCAGUCCGAGAGAGUUGCGUUGGCUUCCUCGUCAACAAUGCGCCCAUGAUGAUGCCCGUCUUCGUCCAGCUCCGCCGGUUCUUCUUUGGCGAUGCGAAGCCGAGCCCCUUCUCGACGAAGGAUGUCAUCAACUCGAUCUAUUCGCGCUCCGGAAACAGCGCUGCGAAGCGCAAGAAGCAGCAGAAGGACCAGUUCAUGUCCACGAUCGGCGACGCCGAUGAGGAAAUCUCGCUCGACGAGAACCCCAAGUCGCGCCACGGUCACCACAAGAGCGAAUCCGCCGAGUCGAUAAAUCCGGGCAUCCGAGUGGAUGUGGAGGUUCAGCUGCAAUAUAACGAGCUCCAAGCCGAGCAAGAGGUCAAGAACAACUCGAAAAAAAGGAGGGAGAUGGAGAGAAUGACGAGUGGUCAUUUAGCUGGGAAGGACAAGGGAAACUACGUGGCCACCAUCGGCGGCCCGCCGAGCCGAGAUAAUAGAUUCGGGGGGUCACCUUCCGGAUCGUGAUUGCUGGGCAGAUGAUUGUUGUUUAAUGUGUUUCGGCUGCGUAUUUUGUUCGUUUUUUUGGUUUAUCGGUCGCAU